AAAAUAAAGGUACUAAAUAAUGUAAAAAUUAGACUGUGAAUUUAAAAGCGAAGUCUACACAAAAACAUCAAGAUUUUUAGUGUAUUGCAUUCAUUGUCUCUAUAUUGUAACCAUGAAUGUGUUAAAGUUCAUAACUUUGGGGUAGAGCAAUCUAAUAAUUCAUCAGGACACGUACAGAGAAGGUUAGGGAGUUUUUGAUGUGUAUAUAAAGCCUGUCUGUAAUUCUUUUUUUUAACAGCCCUGCUGACUGACUUACAUUUCCACACCAAAUACAGAGGUCUUCUGAUGGAGUAGGAAUUCAACCCUGCAACAAGAUUUAUAAAAUGGAGAAAUUUUUUUAAAAAUACCUUCAGUGUUUCAGUCUGCUUGUGGCCUUUUGUGUUCAUGUUGUGCAGGACUUGGAAAGUAGCUGUAUUAACAAAAUAUGCAAAAGAAAAAGAACAAAAAUAGCAGAAUUAUGAAGAAAAGAGGAGGAAAGACAAAGGUGACAGUGUCAUAACCAAAUAGGUCAGCACAGGAGUAUUUUAGUCUGUUUUUGUGAAGGCCUGUAGCAUUAAAAAGAAAAAUCACAGAAUCAUAGCAUUGUUUGGAUUGGUAGUGACUUUUAAGAGUCUUGUAGCCCAAUUCCCCUGCAAUAUAGCAAGGUUGCUAUAUCAGGUUGCUCAAAACCCCACCCAGCCUCACCUCAAAUGUUCCCAGGGGUGGAGCAUCUGCCAGGCUCUGGGCAAUCUGGGCAAUCUGUUUUACCACCCUCAUUGUAAAAAACGUCUUCCUUAGACCUAGUGUAAAUUGACGCUCCUUGCCUUUAAAGCCAUUACUCCCUGUCCUAUUGCUACAGGCCCUGCUAAAAUGUUUGUCUCUUUUAUAAACCCCUUUAAGUACCAACAGGCUGCAAUAAGGUCUCCCUGGAGCCUUCUCAUCCUCAGUCUCAGAAACUCCAGCCUUUCCUCAGAGGCACCUCGCAGGAGAGGUGUCCUGCUCUCUGAUCAUCUCUGGGGCCUUCUCAGGUCCUGCUGCACCAGGUCUGUGUCUUUGCUGUGUUGAGGACUGGGGUCUCAUGAGGGCAGAGUGGAGGGAUGGAAGCUCCCUUGACCUGCUGGUCAUGCUGCUUUUUCUGCAGCCCAGGAUAUGAUUGGCUUUCUGGGCUGCAAGCACACAUUGCCCUUGCUCAUGUCAUCAUCUAAACUGUCUCCUAUAUCUGUCAAUUAACAAUUAUAGUAAUUAACAAUUCUUUAUGUGGUCACCAUUUCAUUUUACCCUGUGAAUUAUCCUUACUGCUUGGGAUUACAGUUUUUAGACAAUAAGAAAGAAAUGGUGUGCCUUGAAAAAUAAACAUUUGGAUCUGAGCCUUUGUAGAGGUGAGCUGAUCCCACAGUAAGGCAGUAACAAGAAAUGGCAGGUUUUAUGUGGCAGGUAUGCCAGACAUUGUUUCCCAGGACUUGUAAGUGAGUGUUGGCACCUUGGUUCCUGCUCUAUUGUAAGCAUGCCUCUUUUAAAAUGCAUCCAGUUCUCCUCCAUCUGAGAGGCUGGUGACCCAGGCACUGGGAGAGUGACAAGUGGCUGUAGUUAUACAAAAUCUGGUGGUAUAUUAAAUGCAGAAGAGCAGAGUUGGAUUCAGUGUUGAACUGAAGUGGGGAGUGAUUGACUGAUGGAGUAGUUUGUGUGUGGAGGCUGUGGAAUCUCCUUCCUUGAAGAUGUCCAAGACUCAGUUGGAUGUGGUCCCACACAACCUGAUCUAAUUAGAUCUAAUUAGACAUGCUUUCAGCUGGGCUUGAGUUCAAUGGACUCCAGAGGUUCCUUCCAACUUGAAUUACUAUUUGAUGCUGUGAAGGGCCAGUUUGUACCGAGGGCUUAGUGUGCUAGGUUCCCCAGAGAAUCCAGAGGUGUCUUCCUGCUGGCUAUGCCCAUGGAGUAUGGAACCCCCCUGGAGGAAGUUUCUGCCUGCCAAGUAGAAGACAAGCUUCUUUCCAUGUUCCUGCUAGUUCCACAAACUUGCAAAUCACUGAUUUUAAUCUGAAACUUUAACACCCACAUAAUUAGUGCACCUCACAGACAGAAAGGGGCUUUUGUUUGCAUGAGCUUUUAGAUUUGUACUGAGAGAAAAACACAUGUGCCAUAUGUUUUUGUUCCCUGUCAUUUCUGUUCUGCUUCACUGAGAGUGGCUGAGACUGACUUGAAGACUGGAAAAUAACUGUUAAAACAAAAGUAGGAAAUGGAGAGUAUGUUUGAGCUUACCGUUUUCUCAUUGUUGCAAUAUGGAAUCCACUUUGGCAGAUGAACUGAAAGGUGCCCCCCUCACAUACCAGCUCUCUAAACUAACUAGGAGUUCCUGUUUUCUUUGGCUCACAUCAUCCUUAGCAGUCGAGGUUUUAUUAUAAUUAUAAUUUAGUUCAAGUUUUGUCUUCACAGAUACGUGAGACAGAAAACAACUUUCCUUGUUCUGCAUUUUGGUUUGUGUAGUUCAGGAAGCAAUAGGGAACAGUAACAACUGGUGUGGAGUAGAACUCACACAGUGAGUUACAAGUGUCACAUAAGUCACCUCUUCUCAGGAAGGCUUGGGAGCCCAGGAGGACACUUGGACCCUGCAGCAUGAGGUGCCAUGAGUGGAGUAAGAGAUGGCUUGAGUGUCUUUGAGAGGGGACUCUUCAGACUACAGUAAUUUUUAAUGGUGGGGUUUGGUUGGUUUUUUGUUUGGAUUUUUUUUUCAAAUGAUUAAUCUACUAGACUUUCUUAAUUUCUUGUUAGAAGAUUCUGGUCAGGACUGUAUCCAUAAAUAUCUGUAAAUGUAAACAAACUUGUUUUUUUCUGAUGGGAAAUUCUGAACAGCUCUAACCAUAUUGACAGAGGCAUGAAACUGAAUUGAUGAGUAUAUCUAUCUGUGUUGACAGGUUGUUAAUAGAAAUUACAAUCAAUAUACUAAGAACACUGCUUUUCAAAGCUGAUACCAAAUCACAGUUAUCUGAAUAUGUGGUAUCUUGACUUGAUUUUUAUUGUGCACAACUUGCUGUAUUAUGGAAGAAAAUAUUUAAAGCUGGGGAUACUAACCAGGAUGGACAGCUGGAUUUUGAAGAAUUUAUGCAGUACCUUAAAGAACAUGAGAAAAAGAUGAAACUGGCAUUCAAGAGCCUGGACAAAAACAAUGAUGGAAAAAUUGAAGCCUCAGAAGUUGUCCAGUCCCUCAAGAUAUUGGGUAUAAACAUUUCAGAAAAACAGGCAGAAAAGAUCCUGCAAAGUAUUGAUGCUGAUGGGACAAUGACAGUAGACUGGAAUGAGUGGAGAGAUCAUUUUAUGUUUAAUCCAGCUACAGACAUUGAAGAAAUAAUUCGAUAUUGGAAACAUUCCACUGUGUUGGAUAUAGGAGAUAGUUUGACUGUUCCAGAUGAGUUCACAGAGGAAGAGAAGAAGACUGGGCAGUGGUGGAAGCAGCUGUUAGCAGGAGGAGUGGCUGGUGCUGUCUCUCGAACAGGUACAGCACCCUUAGAUCGCCUGAAAGUCAUGAUGCAGGUUCAUGGUUCAAAGUCAAACAAAAUGAAUAUAGCCAGCGGUUUUAAGCAAAUGUUGAAAGAAGGUGGUGUCCGAUCCCUUUGGAGGGGAAAUGGUGUAAAUGUUGUGAAAAUAGCUCCUGAAACAGCUAUUAAGUUCUGGGCUUAUGAACAGUAUAAGAAGAUACUCACUAGGGAUGAUGGAAAGUUAGGCACUGUUGAAAGAUUUGUAUCUGGUUCUUUGGCUGGAGCAACAGCACAAACUUCUAUUUAUCCCAUGGAGGUUUUAAAGACCAGAUUGGCUGUGGGUAAAACAGGGCAAUAUUCUGGGAUGUUUGACUGUGCUAAGAAGAUUUUAAAAAGAGAAGGUCCAAAGGCCUUCUACAAAGGCUAUAUUCCUAAUAUUCUGGGUAUAAUUCCUUAUGCUGGCAUUGACCUUGCUGUUUAUGAGCUCUUGAAGAGUACGUGGCUAGAGCACUACGCGUCGAGCUCUGCGAACCCGGGUGUGUUUGUGCUGCUAGGCUGUGGCACCGUGUCCAGCACGUGUGGGCAGCUGGCCAGUUACCCUCUCGCUCUCAUCAGAACACGCAUGCAGGCUCAAGCCUCAGUGGAAGGAGCUCCACAGUUAAGCAUGGUUGGUCUCUUUCAAAGAAUUGUUGCAACAGAGGGACUCCGAGGACUUUAUAGGGGCAUAGCCCCUAAUUUUAUGAAAGUGCUUCCAGCUGUCAGCAUCAGCUAUGUUGUAUAUGAAAAAAUGAAACAGAAUUUGGGAAUAGCAUGAAAUGAAGGAAAAAGGUGAGAUGCUUCUAAUGCUGUUGAAAACACCAAAACAAUAAUGUUUUCUCAAGUAAUCUGCUCUCACAAUUAGAGACAGAUCUUUAUAGAGAGAUGCUGCGACUCCCACAUUUGUCCUUAAGUGGGAAGAAACUUUCUAAAAUUUUACUUCACCAUUUUUAAACAGAUACAUAUAUUGCACUUUAAAAUGUCACUGAGUUGAAAAAAAUAAUCAAGAAACUGUCUUUAAAUCAGCAGUAUGUUCUUAUUUUUAGGAAAUCAUGCAUAUUUUACUCAUUGGGUUUUUUCUAAUGUGUCCUUUCUAAACGUGUAUUUGUCUUGGAUGAAACCAAAGGUAGGAGAAGUUUAUACUGCCUUGAUACUGAGUAUAUGAAAGUGACUUUGUGUUUUGUCAUGCUGCCUACACUCAAGCAAUUCACAGGUGACAUUUUGCAUGCCUAGAAUGAGCACUUUUGUUAUUUUUGAAGACUGAAUGUUAAGUUCAUAAGAAAUAGCAUCUUGGAUACACACAAUGAUGGAAUAACACAUUAAAAUGUAGCCCAUGACCUUUGUCUUCAGGCAAACCUUUUUUAUUUUUCAUUAUUUAAAGAGCCUGAGAAACUGCUGUUCUGCAGCAUUGGAAUACCUCAAAUGGAUUUACACGGUAUUUUUGUAAUACAGUCAGCAAUUGUGAUAACUUGCUUCACUGGACCUGCUUUUCAUUGCACUUGUAAAUGUCAGCACCAUUAACCAUGGCAAAAUUUGGGUUACAGCUGCAUGUUUUAUAGGAUCAUAAUACAAAGGAACAGAAAAAGCUUGGAUGUUAGAUCCAUACCAUACAUGUGCAAGUUGCUAUUUAAAAACAGGAUGGAGGAUCCAGUAUGAAGCUGGUUGUAAUUCUAGUACAGCCAAUGGCAGAGCUGUUCAUAGCUCUGGGAACAGAAAUGCUUGUCAUUUUGGACUCUCCAUUCUUUCCCUUAUUCAGAGGGCUACAUCCACUCUGUGCUUUUAGCCAGUGGAGGAUUCCAUUAUUACGUAAAGGAUUUUUACAGUUUUGUCAUGCGAGAACAGUCUUCUGUGCAAGUUGGCUGUGGGUGUGAAACUGGGAUAAUAAAAUACUGAAGUGUUUUGUCCAGGUGACCAAGUGGCAGUGCUGACCUCAGGUGCCCAUCAGAUUGGUGUUAAUGUAGCAUGCAAAGCAUGCAUACAGACCUGCCAGUGCUUGAGAAACAGCUCCUCCUCAAAAAAACAAAGCAGCCUUCCUCAAUGCAGAACAUUAGGCAUUUCCAUGUACAAGUUCUUCCAAAGUGACUACCUUUUUUAUUUUUUUUUUUGUGUGUGUGGAGGGGCACACAGUUGCCUUCAGGCCUGAACACUGAAAUAGAUUUACAAUUAUUAUCAGACUCUUUUGUUAGGCUUUUUCUGCUUUCUGUAAUGUGUACUGUCUUAAUCUUGGUAAAUUCGAGAUUAUACUUACCUUGACCUUCUAAAAGCAACUACUCUUUAGACCACUUUCUGAAAUUGGAUUACUGAAGGAGGAACUUUAUUCUGUUAAGGUCAUUAAGGGUCUUCUUUUUAAUUCUUUCUUUUUUUGGGCGGGCAUGAGGGGUGCUUUUUUGUUUUGUUUUGUUUUGUUUUGUUUUUGGGGUUUUUUUAAGCAGAAAAAUAAGCAAGCAAAAAUAACUGCCUGAAUCUCCUCACUUGUUCUACUUAUGCUUUGGGCCAUAUUUUUCAAACAGCAAUCAAAUGAAAAUUUGGGUUCAGUGCUUCCAUGGCUGGUGUUUAUUCUCCACAAACUGAUACACAGCAAUUCCGUAAAAUCUGUAUUAUAGAAUUUUUUAUCACAUUUCAGAAAAUGGCAGCUCUAGCUGUAUUUUGGCCUUCCCUUUAGGGAAACGUUGGAUUUAGCACUUUAGAAAAAAAAAAAAAGUCAUUCUGUCCAAACCAUUUAUAUGUAUAAUGCCUUUCUGAUCUGAGUUUUCCUUGGUUUUGCCAAUAUCUUUGUAUCUUUGUGGGUUUUGUGAGUUCAGUUGCUGGUAAUUUUGUUUGACUGUGACCAAUGAACAAAUGUAUUGUGUGUGUGAUGUAAAGAUGACUUUAGCAUUUCUAUCUUCCAGACUUGUUCCAUUUUGUUUAUAGUGUGCAAGUGCCAUUAUGAGUAUUGAAAUCAUGGUGAGCUUUUCAAAUGUUGAAAAGAUGAGCUGAACAUUAAAAUCAGAUUUGAUUUUUCAUUAUGUGCCUUGAUGAUGACUGUGUUCAAUUGUGUAUUCUUUGUUUCUUAAAUGUAUGUUUACCUUUUUAGCUCCAUAAAACUACCAGUUUCUAAUAAAUCUUUGUUUCCUUA